AGACCAAGCUUUCCUUACUGUCUAGGAACCAAACUUACUCCCCUUAGUCCUUCCUUGCCUGGCUGAGAGAGGGGAGUUUGUCCAUUUGGCCUCUCCCUCCUCCUCCUCCUCCUCCUUCCUCUCUUUCUGGCGAGUCUUACUUAUUCCCAGACCUUCUCCAAAGGGCCAAAGAGGGGUUGAGGCCCACAACACCUGGAGGGAGGGACGAAGUUGGCCCAGGCCUGCACUCACAUGGGAUUGGGGGUCAUCACAACAGACUGUGAAACUAUCACUCCUCCAUCAGAUGUCUUUCAGAGGAGAGAGGCAGGCAGGCAGAGGGCCAAUGGCUUUCCCCUUCCAACCCACUCACCUGUCUGCUGUGUCCUCUUUUCCCCCCAUAAGUUUUUAAACAAUUCAGUGUUUCUGUUUGUCAUCUGUGUUUCCAAAUAUUUUACCUUAGUUGUUAUGUUGAUUUUUGGUUCUUGUUUCAAAGUCUCUUGGUUCUUCUUUACAAGAAAGGCUAUGGAUCAUGUAGCAUCAGCUGAAGGAAUCAUGGGGGGAUUGUGUGGGUUGGGACUGAAUGGGAGCUCAAUGGGAGGCCAGGUGGGUCUGGAGGCUGGAGAAGCAGAGGCCCAAGAGGAAGGAAUGUCCAGCAUUACCUGAAAUAAAUAAAGGGGUUGUUUUUUAACACUCCCAAGAAAAAGCCUCCCGCACGUCUGUCUAAUUCUGUCUUUCUUUCACAGAUGAAAUGUGAUUAUUGGCUGAGAAUUUGGAGUAGAGCCUCUUGAGUGAUUUCUUUCCCUUAAAAGAAGAGGGAGGGAAAGCAUUUUGGAUACGGUUUGGAUCUUCGUGAGGGUGGUUCCAACAUGGAGAGACCCAACUCACCUGGACCUGAAGCAGGCAGGGUCGCUGGGAGCAGUGGGGAAUACUGGGAGAGAACUAUGCAGACGUUUUUGAAUGUGCACAUACAGCACCAGCGCUUCAGGCAGUCCUCCUACCGAGAGGGCGAGGGGCCCAGAGAGGUUUGCAGCCGCCUCCACGAUCUCUGCCGCCAGUGGCUGAAGCCAGAGCAACACACCAAGGCUGAGAUGCUGGACCUGGUGAUCCUGGAGCAGUUCCUGAGCCUCCUGCCCCCAGAGAUGGGGAGCUGGGUCCGAGAGUGUGGGGCAGAGACCUGUUCCCAGGCGGUGGCCCUGGCGGAAGGCUUCCUCCUGAGUUGGGCAGAGGACAAGAGGCAGGAAGAACAGACCCAAAAUAACUGCUUCGAAGUCCAGUCUAAUGUCCCUGCAUCAGAGAAAUCUCCAUCAAACACCACCCAGAGUCUCAGGCAGAAGAAGAUCAAGCAAGGAGUUGGAGCUGCAGCCUUGCAGGGAGCUGGAAUGAUGUUGCCGAAUCCUCAGUUGUUUCUUCCCCUUUGUGAUGGAGUGAAACUGAAUCAGGGCCCAAUCGCUUAUGAGGAUGUGACUGUCCAUUUCUCCCCGGAGGAGUGGGUGACUCUGAAUCCUGAUCAGAAAGUCUUACACUUGCAGAUCAUGGAGGAAAUUCAUAGGAUUGUGGAGUCUCUUGCAGAUAACUCGAAGAAGGUCAACGUAUGCACCAAACGCAAGAAGCAAUUUGGACACAGUGGGGGCUUUCCGAAACACCAACAAACCCAUAGAGAAGAUGGAGGUUCUAUCAGAGAAAGGACCUACAAAUGCAAUGUAUGUGGGCAGUGUUUUACUCAAAAUAUGGCACUUGUUGUUCAUAAGACACUCCAUGCUGGGAAAAGCCAACUUAAAUGGAAAGUAUCACAAUUGAUGAGGCACAAAAAACUUCACACAAGAAAUAAAGGGUACAAGUGCCAGAAGUGUGGGAAAUGUUUUACUCAGAAUACACACCUUAUAGACCACUGGAGAUCCCACACAGGAGGGAAGCCAUACCAAUGCCAGGAGUGUGGGAAAUGUUUUGUUCGCAAUUCACACUUGGUGAGGCACAAAAUACUCCACACAGGAGAGAAGCCAUACCAAUGCCAGGAGUGUGGAAAAUGUUUUGCUCGCAGUUCAGACUUGGUGAGGCACAAAAAUCUCCACACAGGAGAGAAGCCAUAUCAAUGCCAGAAGUGUGGAAAAUGUUUUGCUCGCAGUUCUCACUUGGUGCAGCACAAACGAUUCCACACAGGAGAGAAGCCAUACCAGUGCCAGGAGUGUGGGAAAUGUUUUGCUGACAAUUCAAACUUGGUGAGCCACAAAAGACUCCACACAGGAGAGAAGCCAUACCAAUGCCAGGAGUGUGGGAAAUGUUUUCUGGAUAGUUCAAACUUGAUAAGCCACAAAAGGCUCCACACAGGAGAGAAGCCUUACUCAUGCCAGGAGUGUGGGAAAUGUUUUGCUCACAGUUCAUCCUUGGUGAAGCACAAAAGACUCCACACAGGAGAGAAGCCUUACCAAUGCCAGGAGUGUGGGAAAUAUUUUGCUGACAGUUCAUCCUUGGUGAAGCACAAAAGACUCCACACAGGAGAGAAGCCAUACCAAUGCCAGGAGUGUGGGAAAUGUUUUCUGGAUAGUUCAAACUUGAUAAGCCACAAAAGGCUCCACACAGGAGAGAAGCCUUACUCAUGCCAGGAGUGUGGGAAAUGUUUUGCUCACAGUUCAUCCUUGGUGAAGCACAAAAGACUCCACACAGGAGAGAAGCCUUACCAAUGCCAGGAGUGUGGGAAAUGUUUUGCUCACAGUUCAUCCUUGGUGAAGCACAAAAGACUCCACACAGGAGAGAAGCCAUACCAUUGCCAGGAGUGUGGGAAAUAUUUUGCUCGCAGUUCAUACUUGGUGAAACACAAAUGUCUUCACAAAGGACAGAAGCCAUAGAAAUGCCAGGGGUGUGGAAAAUGGUUACAUACGAUUGUCAUGCUGGCCAUCGAGCCAUUAGCAAAUGUCAUUAGUGAGGAGAUAACCAUCAAAGGAUAUAAGGCGGGUAAAGAGGAAAUCAAAAUCAAUCUUUAUGUGAAUGACGCCAUGUUAAUUUUAAGUGAGAAGAGGGAGGAAAAGCAUCUUGGAUACGGUUUGGUUCUUCAUCAGAGUGGUUCCAACAUGGAGAGACCCAACUCACCUGGACCUGAAGCAGGCAGGGUCACUGGGAGCAGUGGGGAAUACUGGGAGACAACUACACAGACAUUCCUGAAUGCCCACAUGCAGUGCCAGCGCUUCAGGCAGUCCUCCUACCGAGAGGGCGAGGGACCCAGAGAGGUUUGCAGCCGCCUCCACGAUCUCUGCCGCCAGUGGCUGAAGCCAGAGCAACACACCAAGGCAGAGAUGCUGGACCUGGUGAUCCUGGAGCAGUUCCUGAGCCUCCUGCCCCCAGAGAUGGGGAGCUGGGUCCGAGAGUGUGGGGCAGAGACCUCUUCCCAGGCGGUGGCCCUGGCGGAAGGCUUCCUCCUGAGUCGGGCAGAGGACAAGAGGCGGGAAGAACAGGUCCAAAAUAACUGCACAGAAGUCCAGUCUAAUGUCCCUUCAUCAGAGGAAUCUCCAUCAAAUGCCACCCAGAGUCUCAGGCAGAAGAAGACCAAGCAAGAAGGAGAUGGGGCUACAGCCUUGCAGGGGGCUGGAAUGAUGUUGUUGCUGAAUCCACAGUCGUUUCUUCCCCUUUGUGACGGACUGAAACUUAAUCAGGGUCCAAUUACCUUUGAGGACGUGGCUGUCCAUUUCUCCCCGGAGGAGUGGGUGACUCUGAAUCCUGAUCAGAGAGUGUUACACUUGCAGAUCAUGGAGGAAAUUCAUGGGAUUCUGGAGUCUCUUGCAGAUAACUCGAAGAAGGUCAAUGUAUGCACCAAACACAAGAAGCAAUUUGAACACAGUGGAGGCCUUCCUAAACACCAACAAACCCAUAGAGAAGAUGGAGGUUCUAUCAGAGAAGGGCCCUAUAAAUGCAACGUAUGUGGGCAGUGUUUUACUCAAAGUAUGGCAGUUGUACUUCAUAAGACACUCCAUGCUGGGAAAGGCCAAAUUAUAUGGAAAGUAUCACAACUGAUGAGGCACAAUAAACUUCACAUAAGAAAUAAAGGGUACAAGUGUCAGAAGUGUGGGAAAUGUUUUACUCAGAAUACACACCUUAUAGACCACUGGAGAUCCCACACAGCAGGGCAGCCAUACCAAUGCCAGGAGUGUGGGAAAUACUUUCCUUACCAUUCAAACUUAGUGAGGCACAAAAUAAUCCACACAGGAGAGAAGCCAUACCAAUGCCAGGAGUGUGGGAAAUGUUUUGCUCGCAAUUCACACUUGGUGAGGCACAAAAUACUCCACACAGGAGAGAAGCCAUACCAAUGCCAGGAGUGUGGGAAAUGUUUUUCUCGUAGUUCAGACUUGGUGAGGCACAAAAGACUCCACACAGGAGAGAAGCCAUACCAAUGUCAGGAGUGUGGAAGAUGUUUUGCUCGCAGUUCACACUUGGUGAAGCACAAACGAUUCCACACAGGAGAGAAGCCAUACCAGUGCCAGGAUUGUGGGAAAUGUUUUGCUGACAGAUCAGACUUGGUGAGGCACAAAAGACUCCACACAGGAGAGAAGCCAUACCAAUGCCAGGAGUGUGGGAAACAUUUUGCUGAAAGUUCAGCCUUGGUGAGCCACAAAAAACUCCACACAGGAGAGAAGCCAUACCAGUGCCAAGAUUGUGGGAAAUGUUUUGCUCGCAGUUCAAACUUGGGGAGCCACAAAAGACUCCACACAGGAGAGAAGCCAUACCAAUGCCAGGAGUGUGGGAAAUGUUUUCUUGAUAGUUCAAACUUUAUGAGCCACAAAAGACGCCACACAGGAGAGAAGCCAUACCAAUGCCAGGAAUGUGGGAAAUGUUUUGCUCACAGUUCAUCCUUGGUGAAGCACAAAAGACUUCACACAGAAGAGAAGCCUUACCAAUGCCAGGAAUGUGGGAAAUGUUUUGCUAACAGUUCAGCCUUGGUGAGCCACAAAAGACUCCACACAGGAGAGAAGCCAUACCAAUGCCAUGAGUGUGGAAAAUGUUUUACUUGCAGUUCACACUUGUUGAAGCACAAAAGACUUCACACAGGAGAGAAACCAUACCAAUGCCAGGAGUGUGCGAAAUGCUUUGCUGACAGUUCAAAAUUGGUGAGCCACAAAAAACUCCACACAGGAGAGAAGCCAUACCAAUGCCAGGAGUGUGGAAAAUGCUUUGCUUGCAGUUCAAACUUAGUGAGUCACAAAAGACUCCACACAGGAGAGAAGGCAUACCAAUGCCCGGAGUGUGGGAAAUGUUUUCGGGAUAGUUCAAACUUGAUCAGCCACAAAAGACUCCACACAGGAGAGAAGCCUUACCCAUGCCAGGAGUGUGGGAAAUGUUUUGCUCACAGUUCAACCUUGGUGAAGCACAAAAGACUCCACACAGGAGAGAAGCCAUACCAAUGCCAGGAGUGUGGGAAAUGUUUUGCUUGCAGUUCAAACUUGGCGAGCCACAAAAAACUUCACACGGGAGAGAAGCCAUACCAAUGCCAGGAAUGUGGGAAGUGUUUGGCAGACAGUUCAGGCUUGGUGAAACACAAAAGACUCCACACAGGAGAGAAACCAUACCAAUGCCAGGAGUGUGGGAAAUAUUUUGCUCACAGUUCAUCCUUGGUGAAGCAUAAAAGACUCCACACAGGAGAGAAGCCUUACCAAUGCCAGGAGUGUGGGAAAUAUUUUGCUGACAGUUCAUCCUUGGUGAGGCACAAAAGACUCCACACAGGAGAGAAGCCAUACCAUUGCCAGGAGUGUGGGAAAUAUUUUGCUCGCCAUUCAAAUUUGGUGAAGCACAAAAGUCUUCACAAAGGACAGAAGCCAUAAAAAUCAGAGUGUGGAAAAUGUUUUGCUUUUCCCACAUGUUUGGAGAACCACAAAAAGUACACACAGGAAAGAAAGUAUAAAUGUGCCAGAAGUAUGGGAAAUGUUUUACUCAGACUUCAUCCCUUAACAAGUACCAGAGAAUUUACACAAACUAAUAACAUGCAAAUGUCAAGCAUUUGGGACAUUUUUGUUUGGGUUUCAUAUCUUUUGAAUUAUCACAAACUACAUACAGGAGAGUCAUUAUCCAGAGAGCUGGCUCAAAAUUAAUAAAAUAUGUUGCAACAGGGAAAUGGCAGAUGAACACGUGUUAUUCCCUUGGCUUCCAGUAACACUUGGCUUGACUUUGGCUCAUUUCUAAGACCAUUCUUUUAUUAGUUUCAAACUCUGUUUAGGUUUUGAAGAAGUCUUUUGCUUCUUUGGACACCCAUAUUGUCUGAUUUCAUACAGGACCAUUUGAGAAGUUCUGCCUAAGAUUUGGUAGAAUCUCAUUUCUUGUUAAUUGAAUCCCUAACUGAGGUCCUGUUUUCUGGAGUAGCAGAAAACAAGCUUCCUGUGACAUUCUUCAGAGGGUUACAUACUAUCGUCAUGCUGGCCAUUGAGCCAUUAGCAAAUGUCAUUAGUGAGGAGAUAACCAUCAAAGGAUAGAAGUUGGGUAAAGAGGAAAUCAAAAUCAAUCUUUAUAUGGAUGAUGCCAUGUUUAUUUUAAGUGAGGUGAAGGACUCGCUAAGGUCAAUAGUCAGAACAAUUAAGGAUUUUAGGGAAAUUUUGGGGCUCACACUUAACUUUGGGAAAUCAGAAAUUCUCCAUAAGAAUCUAACAUGGAAAGAACGAAAAACCAUCCAAAACCAUAUAGGUAUGAAAUUGGAGAAAAAGAAGCUAAAAUAUCUAAGAGUAGAAAUUCCAAAAACUUUAAACAACAUUAUUCAAAUGAACGUUAAUCAAUUAUGGAAAAAUACAAGCAAAUCGCAACACCUGGGAGAAGAAAUUUCAGGAUAUCACUGCAAGACAAAAAAUUAUAUGAUGAAGAUUCUACUCAAAUUUAUAUACAGUAGAGUCUCACUUAUCCAAGCUAAACGGGCCGGCAGAAGCUUGGAUAAGCGAAUAUCUUGGAUAAUAAGGAGGGAUUAAGGAAAAACCUAUUAAACAUCAAAUUAGGUUAUGAUUUUACAAAUUAAGCACCAAAACUUCAUGUUAUACAACAAAUUUGUCCGAAAAAGUAGUCCAAUAUGCAGUAAUGUUAUGUAGUAGUUACUGUAUUUACGAAUUUAGCACCAAAAUAUCAUGAUAUAUUGAAACCAUUGACUACAAAAAUGGCUUGGAUUAACCAGAAGCUUGGAUAAGCGAGGCUUGGAUAAGUGAGACUCUACUGUACUUAUCUCAAACUCUGCCGGUAAAUAAGGGGAAACUAAUUGAUCUAUAUUGACUAAACCUGUAACUUAAUCACAAAAACGAAAUAGUCGUCUACACUGAUUCAUAGAAUGCCAAGGUUUGUAAUGUAAUAUAUUAUUAUCUGUAUAUUUUCAGAAAUAAAACAAUUAAAAAUACAA